AUGUCUUCCACCCACUCUAUCUGUUUUGCAACAGGUGACAAAGUUCACAUAGGUCCGCCAAGAGACGAGAAAGCUCCCCCUCUUGUCUCGAACGUCGAGAAGCCCCUCCCAUACGCAAUAGGGCCCGACGAGCUAGAGGCACAAUUCCAGGGUCACAAUCAAACCCACCUCGGCGACAACAGAGUUCGAAGUCCUUCCCAAGCGUCUCACUUCGAUCGCCCGUACGUGCAAGCCGAAUACGCCAACGUUAAACGCCCAAGAAAGGUGGCAGUGUGGCUCUUCUGGUUUGGCUUCAUGUGUCCUAUUCUGUGGGUCGCCGGCGGAAUCAUGUUCUUUGCUCACCGCAAGAGGCCCGCGACUGUCAACAUCGCGGUCGCUCCCAUCGGACUUGGAGGGGCCGUAGAUCAGAUUUAUGCCGUCCACAAGCAUGACAUUGCGCAGACGUGGAGAUAUUACAAGGCGGAGCGCAAGUGGCAGAAGUGCUGUGCUUGGGCGGUAGUUGUCGGCGCGGUUGUCUCUGGGAUUAUUUCUGGGGUGGUCAUCGGGCUUGCGAACCAGGGAUGGGUUUGA